AUGUACACUGCCCAUGCCCCACCGACACCCGACGAUACCGGCGAAGCGACAUGCGACAAAUGCUCGGCUGGGUCCGCAGAGUGGAAGUGCCUCUCUUGCUUCGGCCGGCCGGUGCUCUGCGAUUCAUGCUGCCUGCGGGAGCACGCCCGCCUGCCUUUCCAUCGCCUGGAGCAAUGGACCAAUGCGGGUUUCUGGGCCCCUUCCUGGCUUCGAACCCUAGGCCUUCGCAUUCACCUCGGUCACGAAGGCGCUCCAUGUCCGUGUGUUGACGAGCCCGACAAUGAGAGUGACUGGUCGGAUGACGAUUCUUGCAAUGAAUCCGACAGUGGUGAAGAGGAUGAGGAAACCCUCGGUGAUCCCCUGCGUGAUGCGGCCGGGGUUGAGCGGGCUCCGGAAAUGCAUAUGACAAUUGUCGAUACGUCCGCCGUGCACUUCCUCCGCGUCGAAUGCUGCCGUUGCCCUCAGGCGGAGUCAAUUCGCGGUCAGCUCCUCCAGGCCGGGCUUUACCCGGCAAGCCAGCUGAAUGUCAAAACGUGUUUUACCUUCGACGUUCUGGAUGACUUCCUCCUCGACAAUCUCGAAUGCAAGACGUCCGCGAUGAACUAUUAUCGCCGACUUCGCCGGAAGACCAAUCCGGCAUUCCCGCAUCGUGUGCCGGAUCGCUAUGCGGAAUUCAUUCGUGCAACAAGACAAUGGACGCUUCUCCGGGCUAUGAUGCAGUUCGGAUUCGGGCCGACAUGGCGGGGCGAACCGGGCACGGGCGACCUUGCACUAUUUUGUGCUGCCUGCCCACAGCCCGGAGUGAACAUUCCAGAUGACUGGGACAGUGACCCGAAUGCGUACAUUUACGCUCGAGGCUAUGUCAUGGACGGUAACUUCUCCGCCGAGCAUAUGAAGAUGCGGAAGCCGGGAAACGAUGUUCCGCUUAUGCCCGGGAAGGCGUUCAUGGUGACGGAUGAAGAAUUAGCACCUCAUUUGAAGUCAUCCACUGAUAUAAAAAUGAAACCGACAUGCAAUGACCACCAAGCUAUCGCUCGGGCCAAUGCUCACCGCCACAAAUUACAGUCUACGGGAAUUGGGGCCACGGCUUGCUCACGGCACGGAUGUUUCUUUCCACAUGCGGUUGUCAACUUCCAGGCCGGUGAGCGGCAGAAGAACAUGGAUUACACGCUGUCGGAAGCUAUGAGUUACCGAUCGGACGGCAUUCGGAACGCCAUCGUGCUGUACGACGUGAUGUGUCAGUAUGGGGUGCACCUUCCAAAACGCUUCAAGGACGGUCCGCGGCUCCGGAUGCCGCGGGGCCUUACCCUUUACCUCGGCAUCGGCUUGUUCCAUGUACAUGGCCACCAGUCGAAGUGCCUCCUCGAGUACGCCCCGACGUUCAUGCGCGGCGCCGGACAAGUGGAUGGGGAGAUCGUCGAAACGAUGUGGUCUCCAUUGGGUAAGGUGUUCGGAAGUACUCGGACGAUGGCGACGUCGCAUCGGCAAGAAACUCUUGACCGUCAUAUGAACGACUGGAAUUGGCGGAAAAUGGUCUCAUUAGGUUCUCACCCCCUUCCAGUCCCAGCAUUGAAGAAGCGCAUUGCCGCAAACCGGGUACUCCUUGAGAGCUUCCGAGAGGCGCUGGAGGAUCAGGAAGCCGGGAUCGAAGCCGACAUCCUGGCUCAAUGGAUGUCAGCGGUCGCGGAAGCCCACAAAAAGCGUGUGAAGGAUGUAUCAGUGAUGGACGCAUUUGAGGUUCAGGGCCAGCAUGCUCCGUCAAGGGCGGAAAUACAAAUCGGUCUGACCGAAAAAGAAGGCGAUAACAACACCAUCGUCGGAGCAGCGGAGUGGAUGGUUGAGGGAAUGAGGAUUGAGGAUGCACAAAUUGCGCUGCAGCGGGUAGUAAGGGCCUAUGGGACAAAGACAACGGCAGAGCAGCGUUUGAACAUCGCAAAACAGAGAAAACGGCUCGAACUCCGGAUCGAGCGCUUCCUAAGGAAGGGGGAGGAGAUUGUGGGUACGAACGAAUGGGACGACGGUCGGCAGCAUACCGAGGUUAUCGAUGACAACGGUGACCUAUCCGACUGGGAAGACAUGCAGAACAACGGCCAAGCAGCCGCCGGGCCCAACGUAACAGGCAAUGUCCCGGCUUCUACUCCGAAAUCAAGAAAGCGAGAUGGGAGGGCAGCGGAGUGGCGGCCGUUGUCACUUCCAUCGUCCUACUCUGUCGACACGAUCAAGACUGCGGACGUGCAGCCAUAUGCAAAAGCGGAACUGGAGCUACGAAUCGGGCAAGCGAACGACAUCUUGCACCAAUUGCGGAUAUUGCUCAGCCAAAAGUCGUUUGUAAUGCGAGCGAAGGUGCGCGAUGCCAAGUCGCAGUCGCGGAAGACACGGGCGUGGGCGGAUGUGCAUGCCGUUCAGAAAGGAGUGGAACACCAGGCCCGUAUGUACAGGAAGGUGCGGCAUGCGAUGACAGUGCUCGGAGCAACAACGUCAACCCUUCGAAAGUACCAAAAAUUGGUGCCUGACGAUUUGAAGGUCAGCACAGCAAUUGUAGAACCGAACCAGAGGGGGCAGCGACAUACCCGGCUACCCUGGAUAUGGACGACGGAUGUUCAAGGCGAUAUGAACGCAAAUGAGACAAUGACGGAAUUACACCGUGUGCAUUGGUUCCGAGCACGGUCACAGUUCGAGCGAGCCGAAGAAGAGGACAAUAUCCUCCGCCGAGAGCUGGAUUCUGUCCGGAGAUACUUUGAGUACGAGAUGAAACGGUGGGCAGACCAUGCCGCCCACCGGAAGAGCGGAAGGUAUCCUGGGUAUGCGGAGGUGUGCCGUCAGCGGCGACAUAUGUUCAAAAUGCUCCAGAAUGAUGCUGAGACUGCAUAUGGUAUCAUGUACCUUGGACGGUAA